AUGGUCGACACUGCUUAUGGAGAUAAGCUGCCUGAGAAGUCGCAUGAGGCGACGGCCUCGCCUUCUGUGAUCCCUGAUGUUGAAGAAGGAACCCAGCACUCCACCAAACUGUCCCGCGGUCUUCAAGGCCGCCAUAUGCAGAUGAUAGCCAUCGGAGGAUCCAUCGGUGCUGGUCUCUUCGUCGGCUCUGGUUCGGCCUUACAGUCUGGAGGGCCGGCCUCGCUCGUGAUCGGAUUCAUCAUCAUCGGCUGCAUGUUGCUCUGUACUGUGCAGGCCUUGGGUGAGUUGGCAGUCUUGUAUCCCGUCAAUGGUGCUUUCUAUGUCUACGGCGUGCGCUUCAUUGACCCAGCCUGGGGUUUCGCCAUGGGCUGGCAGUACGCCAUUGGAUGGUUGAUCACCUUGCCUUUUGAAAUCACAGCCGCCGGGAUCACAAUCGACUAUUGGCAUCAUUAUAAUAUUGGCAUUUGGAUCGCUGUCUUCCUCACCUCCCUCAUCAUUGUCCAAUUCUUUGGUGUCAAGGGGUAUGGUGAAGUGGAAUUCGUCCUCGGCAUCAUCAAGAUCGUUGCCGUCAUUGGCUUUUGUAUCUUCGGCAUCGUUGUCAACUGUGGGGGCGUUCCAACCGACGAUCGUGGAUAUAUUGGCUUCCGGUACUGGAACGACGCCGAGCACGGCAAUCGGGCUUUCCGUAAUGGUUUCAAGGGAUUCUGCUCCGUCUUUGUCACGGCGGCUUUUGCGUUUGGAGGCACGGAACUCGUUGGUCUCGCCGCCGCCGAAGCCGCCAACCCGAGAAAAUCCCUACCAAAGGCCACCAAGCAGGUGUUUUGGCGGAUUUCGGGCUUCUACGUCGUCUCGCUCUUGAUCAUGGGCAUCAUCGUGCCCAACAGCUCGCCCGAUCUCCUCAACGCGUCAGGUGCCAAUACCAAAGCCUCACCGUUCGUCCUCGCCAUCAAGUACGCCGGCGUUAAGGGUCUGCCUUCGGUCUUCAACGCCGUCAUCACGAUUUCAGUCAUGUCGGUCGCCAAUUCAUGCACGUACGGGUCGACGCGGACGAUGCAAGCGCUCGCCCAGGGCGGUAUGGGGCCGAAGCUCCUCGCGUGGGUCGACAAAAAGGGUCGCCCCGUGUGGCCCGUCAUCAUCCAAAUGACGUUCGGCUUGUUGGCAUUCAUCAACGAAGCCGAAACCGGCUCCACGGUCUUCAAUUGGCUGCUGUCCUUGACCGGUCUGUCGUCCUUCUUUGUCUGGGGCUCCAUCUGCCUGAGUCACAUUCGCUUCCGACAUGCUUGGAAAGCCGCGGGCCGAAGCCUGGACGAACUCCCCUUCAAGUCGCAGCUGGGCGUCUACGGCUCGUACGUCGGCUGUACGCUCGUCGUCCUCUGUCUCAUGGCCACCUUCUACAUCUCGCUCUUCCCCAUCGGCGGCUCUCCCAACGCCGAGUCCUUCUUCUCCGGCUACAUUGCCGCCCCGGUCAUUUUGGUGCUGUAUCUCGGCUACAAGGUCUGCAUGCGCGACACCACCACUUGGGUCAAGAUCAGGGACAUGGAUCUUGACACCGGCCGCCGCGAGUUCGAGGACUUCCCUGACUCUGAGCCGGACGAGCCCGAGAGGAGAGCGAGCGUUGGCCGCAAGUUGAGCAGGGCCAUCUUUUAG